AUGACAACGUUUACCAAAGUCCAAGUGUUCCACGAUGAGGAAUCAGAUACACUGUCUAUGUUUCGACCGCUGAUAAAAUUUGGUAUUUGGAAUGGAUUGAUCGGUUUGAACGUCGAUUCACAAUCGCACAGUACUGCAGUUAAAGUAUUACAUUGGAUAUACAUGGUUGUCGUACAGCUCUUAUUACUGCUCACUGUAUUGAGAUAUUGCUUUGUGCUGUUCGUCGGGUCGGAAAAUGGUCGCUUUCUGGACGUUUUAUCUGCUCAGGCAUUUUUUCUGAGUUUAAGUUUUACGUCAUUGAUGACAAGUUAUACUUUAACCAAAUGUUUUAAAAGGUUUUGCAAGUUGCUGGAUAAACAUAUUCAAAAGUAUGGAAAGUUGCAAAAAGGGGAUCGAAUCCACAAAUUUAAUAUAUAUGUUGGACCUAUUGGCAUACCUAUAGUCAUUUCAAUAUGUGUGACAUUUUUUUGUUUGUGUUUCUUUUUAAGAGAUUCUUUGACAUUAUAUCUACAGCCAUUUGAUAUAGAAAUACAAUGGCAGAAUGCACUUGUUAUGACGCAUUUGAUUUUGGAUAUAAACUUCCACAUUUUCCAUUCAGCUAUUAUCUUCCUCUUGUUUAUGGUGAUUUGGUUUCUGUUUGUCACAGAAUUUGAUCAUAUCGACUGUCAGCUGAAAGAUAUUCUGUUAGAAAGAGAAGUGUUGAAAAGUGAGAGCCGCAUUGAGAAAUUAAGACAAGAAUUUAUAAGUCUUGUGGACUGUUUCGGUUUAUUUAACUCCCUGUUUAAACACUGUAUAUUCGGAACACUCUCUGUGUUUUUACCAUGUGUUUGUUUCUGGUUGUAUGGUGUUAUACGAACUGAACAAGAAACAGAAGAAUUUGCAAUUUUAACACUCCUCAUGCUUCUGAAUUUCAGCGGAGUCUUUAUUAUUGUUUUCCUUGGAGCUGUUUUGAAUUCGAAGGCUCAUCAACCAAUUUCCAUUCUAAAUAAAGUUGAUAUAUUGCUUGUAACUGAAAAAACUUCUCGUUCAGUGGCGAUGUUUUUGUCAAGGUUACUUGGACCUCCAAUUGGUUUCACUAAUUAUGGCCUUUUCACCAUAGAUCCUCCUGCAAUAUUGUAUAUAUUUGGAACUCUGGUUACCUAUGCUGUGGUAAUGUUACAAUUUGCUGAUACAGCUCCAUCCACAAUUGCCAAUAAUAACUGCCCGAUAAAUUCUAGUAUUCUCAAUAGAACUAUGAUUCCAUAA